GAGAGAGCGCUUGAUGCCUGCAAAGGCUCAGAACCAUUCACACUGCACACAGGCACCUGCAAUUCUGAGAUCAUCUGUCCUCCAAAAAACAACCGCUUAAUCAGCAAGAAAAUUCCUUUUGUAGUGCCAAGCUCAUCAGCUGGUCUGCUUGAUAGCAGUGGAAAUAAUGAAGGAAGAGAGAAUAUUCUUGAGAUGGGUCUGUCAAAUACUAUCCCACAGAAUGCAAAAACAAGCAAAGAUCAUCCAGGCUCUGAGAGCAGAAAACCAAACUUCUUUGGGAAGAUUCCUUUAGCUGGUUCGACUGCAAACAAUCAAAGCAGUCAGGAUGUUGCCCCACCACCGGCUCUUAAGCACAGACCACAACCAGUGCACCUCGGACAAGCAGUGACAAGUCGUUGCUGCAAAGGAAACUUCUGCCAAAUACUCACGUGCCAGAGACAGACCAUACUGAGCUGCAUGACGGAAGGACGUCUCAAUCACCUGCUGGACGUGCUUCGCUCGCAGCAGACGCUGUCCCGAAUGGAUUAUGAGACAAUCACCUCCCACCCCACAGUGACCGGGCGAGCUCGGGCACUGCUGGACACUUGUCUUUGCCUCGGAGAGAGGGCAGCACAAGGGGUGCUGACUGUGCUGUCAGUGAUCAAAUGUAGUCCUCUGCAUUAUCAGCAUUGCCCAGGCUGCCCUGCUAAGGUGAACAGGCUGCUGUUGUGA